UACCAGCGAGAGGUGUCCAGAUCUCAGUAGGACAAGAGGUGGAAGGCUAUCGGGUUGAUUCUAGAGUACGUUUUUUCUCGAUUAUCGUGGUCCUCUUUGCGUAUGUUUUGAAUGGGAAUUCGGCUUGCUCAUCGUUAAUAUGAGUGACCUGGUGAACCAGUGAGUGAUAGUGGGUUUCGUUUAUUUUUUUUUUUUUUUGUUGGGAUAAUUUGGCCGUUCUGGAGUAAUAAGAUGGUCAACUGGUUGCUACCAUUCCAACUUUGGUUGAUAUCAACUCUGGCCUUGGCCCAAGACAAUUUUAGACCAUGCAGCGAACUGUCCAAAGAAUUCAAAUUUCCCUGCAGAUGUGCUCUGGGCUCUAUAGAAACAGUAUUGGGUGGAAACCCUUCGAUUUACGUGAAUUGCGAUAGUGUGGUGUUCUCCAGCGACCUGCCCAGCUUGCCAUAUGGGGCUCCCAUAGUUUCUUUCAGUCAGAGACAUGCCGGACAUCAGGCAUUACCGUCCCAGGUUUUCGCAUCCACCAGCAUGCCGCUGAGAAGGAUUGACCUAUCCAACAAUGCGUUGAGGAAGCUAACGGAUAAUUCUUUGUCCGGAUUCAGGUCAACUUUGGUUGAGUUGCGUCUUGCCGACAAUCUUCUGGGAGACACGCUGAACCCCAUAUUUUCCAGCAACGAAUUCCACGGAUUGUCCCAGUUGAAAAUCCUGGAUCUUAGCGGGAACAGGAUAAGGGCCAUCGAAGAGGGUAUUUUCGAGGGCUGCAGGGAGUUGAAAGAGGUUUACUUGGAUAGGAACAGCAUGACUUCGGUACCGAGUUCUUCGUUGAAUGGACCUAGGAAUCUGAGGAUUUUAUCUUUGAAGAGCAACAGAAUCGGUGACCUGAAGGGUGGUCCUCUUUUUCCAUCUCAACAAAACUUGGAACAGUUGAUCUUAGAUGACAAUGUGGUUUCCAUGGUUGAAAGCGGCACCUUUUCCGGUCUUAAAAACCUGAAAGUCCUUCGAUUGUCCAAGAAUAAAUUGAAAAAAUUCAACAGCGACGCCUUGGAAGGUAUCGAGAACGUCGAGGAAAUCGACUUUUCGCAGAAUUUCAUUGAAGAUUUUCCAACAAUUGCCAUUUCAUCAUUACAGCAACUUCGUUUCCUGAAUCUCUCAUCUAAUCUGAUACAGGAAAUACAUCAGAAUAAUUUGGCCCCCUUCGUGAAUCUCAAUGUGUUGGAUUUGAGCAGAAAUAGCAUAGCAAAUUUGGGACCUGGAACUUUCCUUGGUUUGAGGAAAUUGAAGAAAAUCGACAUUAGCGUAAACUCCUUGCGAACGGUUGAAGAUGACGCCUUCGAAGGUUUAGACGAACUUGAAGAACUCAAUCUAAAAGACAAUAAUAUACUCCUGAUACCAGCAUCAGCCCUUGGCAGACUGCCAAAACUGACUUCCCUCCAAUUGGACUACAACAGAAUUGCGGCUUUAUCAGGUGACAUAUUGAAGUCGAUAGCGAACCAAGUUACCAACCUAGUAAUAUCCAAGAACAUAAUCAGAGAACUGCCCCAAGCUUCUUUCCAAUACUUCCAACAAUUAGAGAAGUUGGACUUGAGUAGAAACCUCAUCGCAAACCUGAACUCCAAUGCAUUUUUAGGCUUGGAGAACACUUUGUAUCAUCUGGACUUGUCUAGGAAUAGGAUAUCAGCAUUUUCAGGAAGUCCGUUGUCGUUGACCAAACUGAAGACUUUAGACCUGAGUGAGAACAACUUGUCUCAGUUGACAAAGAGCACUUUUAACCUCCUAACUUCUCUUUCGAGUCUCAACCUGAGCAAUAACCAGUUGAAGAUGAUACCUGCAGAUUUAUUGCAGAAAGCAACCUCUUUAGAAACGAUAGACCUAAGCUCGACUUCGUUGAAGGUUUUACCCCCACAACUCUUCAGUAAGCUAAAUUUCUUAAAGGAGGUAUUCUUAUCCUACAACUUAAUAACAGAGGUAGCAACUGGAGUCUUCUCCAACUUGCCCAACCUAACAACAAUUGAUUUAUCGAACAACAAUAUCAACAACAUCCGACAAGGUGCUUUUGUUAAUGUGAUGAGUGUGAAGAAGUUGAUCCUAAAACACAACCAUCUGAGCUCUUUUAAAGGCGAGAUUUUUAACACCGGGACGAGUUUGGAAGUCUUGGAUAUAUCGAAUAACCGUCUUAGCUACCUGUAUCCAUCCUCCUUCAGGAUUCAUCCAAGGUUGAGGGAGAUCCACGCUUCCAACAACAAGUUUGUGUUUUUCCCUGCUGAGCUCAUAGCUACCUUGCAGUUCUUAGAAUACAUCGAUCUGUCCAAGAAUUCGCUGAAGACGGUAGAUGAGUUGGACUUCGCCAGGCUUCCAAGGCUUAGAUCCUUGAAUUUGGCUCAUAACCAGAUAGAGUCUAUUAGCGAGAUGGCCUUCCAUAACUCCACGCAACUUCAAAUAGUUGAUUUGAGUGACAACAGCCUGGAUAGACUCGGUGAAAGAACAUUUGAAGGCCUUAUCAGGCUUCAGAUGUUGAACCUGGAUGAUAACCUCUUCUCGGACCUUCCAGAAACUGUGUUCGAUAGAAGCAGGGUUGAGAUGUUGGAGAGCAUAAGUUUGGCAGGAAAUAAGUUCAAAGAGGCACCCUUGGAAUCCUUGAAAAAACAAUAUUUCUUCAUAUCUUCCGUUGACUUAUCACGAAACCAGAUAAAAGAGGUAUCUGGAGAAGACAGCAUCAUGGUGAACAUCAAAAAGUUUGAUUUAUCCUUUAACCCUCUAUCAAAAAGGUCGAUCAGGAACAUCCUAGGGGAACCAAAGACAGUAAGAGAGUUGAACCUGGCUGGAACUGGGAUAACAGAGGUGGUACGCUUGGAAACCCCCUUCCUGAACAGUCUGAAUUUGUCACACAACAACAUCACCAGUCUUCCAGAUCAAGUGUUCGAUCGUACCACCCUCCUGGAGUCUCUAGAUCUAUCCGACAAUUCGAUAGAGAAUAUAUCGGACCUUCAGCUGAGGUCUUUGAAGUCCCUCAGAGUCCUCGACUUAUCACACAACCCUAUACAGGUAGUAUCGCAACAAGACUUCGAAGGUUUUGAUGCAGAAAGCUUGAGGUCCCUUAGGAUCCACGAUUUGAACGAGUGUACCAGAUUGGAGAAGGGUGCUUUUAAGUCUUUCUCAAACCUCAACCAUCUGGAUGCUUUUGGAUACCCCAAACUAGGGUAUCUGGAUCUGCACGGUUUCUUGCAGAAGUUGGUGUCGAUAGAAAGGAUAAAUAUAGAGAGCAAAGAUGCUGCUGUUGGUGGCGACCAAUUCAGUCCAGUCCUACACCCUAGGCUGAAGGAAUUGGGGAUCAGCGGGUCCAGGUUGAGAAGUAUAUCUUCUGGUACUUUCUCUACACUGAAAGGAGAAUAUGUGACGAUAAAAUUGAGGAAUACUUCGGUCACUGCUUUGCCACCAGCACUCUUCUUCGCGGUGCCAAGAUCGUCUAAGAUUAUUUUGGAUGUUACUGGAAGCCAGUUGAGUACAUUGAGCCCUCAGUUUUUGUCUUCAUUAGAAGACAGACGUGGUGAUCUGAAGAUCGUAGGUUUGGAGAGUAAUCCUAUAAUUUGUGACUGUGGUUCCAGGGCCUUGAGACGGUGGUUGCCGCAUCACAUGACUAAUUUAAGGUGUGUAGGUCCUGAUUACCUUAAAGGGAAGUUACUGGCUGAUAUAGGAGACGAUGAACUCACUUGCGACCAUAGAGCUUUCACUUCAACGACGUCCCAUCCUAGUCCAAGCACUGUCAGCACUCAAAGAACCACAAGGUAUCAAGCCAGAACCACAGAACCCGAGAUAAUAUGGUCUUUGGCGACUACGCCAAAGCCAAAGCCUAAACCCAAACCUAAGCAACCAGCAAUCGGACAGUUCACCUUGAACAACGAAGACACAUUGAUCAUAAGCAUAGUAGGAGGUGUUAUCGCUUUCAUAGCCAUCCUGAUCAUCAUCAUCUGCAUUAUUCGACUCAAGAUGUCCAGUCAACAGUUCAAGCAUGGGCAGGACGGCACCCCCAUGGGUCAGAUCAUGGGCCCGGGAAGUUCUUGUGCGUGUAGUGUUAAAGGCGUACCGCCAUUGUAUGGUUUGCCUCCCUCUUAUGCCACGUUGCCAUACAAGAUACAGGGUGCGCCUUCGCUGAGACCUUCGAACUAUUCUACGUUAGGGCGUUUGCCCUACCAGCACAGUCAGCAACCAUACAUGAUUUCCGGUCUGGUCGGAGAUGAAAAGAUCUAUCGGUAAUCAUGUGAUCGCGACUUGUUCAGAUUUGUAUUUAUUGAACUUUGUGUUGUAGGGGUGUCCCGAAAUUAAGUGAACUACAGUGAAUGUUACAGAAAGUUGAUAUGAGGUUAUUCCUCAUAUAUCCUUAGAAAGUAUGCCUUACCCCAAACAUUUUGUCUUUUAAAUAUGACUUUUCGAUUUGAAUUUUGAGUUGUAGUUUUUGAUUGGGGUCCUGAUAGAACUGUAACCCGUAGUCUUCCAUUUUUUUAUGUAACUUUCUGUCAUUUCUGUUAAGAAAUCUUUCAGGUAUCAAUUCUUCUUAUCCAAGAUUCAACUAUCAAGGUGUGAAACUGUAAGAAGUUCAGAAGGAAGAUGUUCAAUUUUAUUUCUGAUAUAGCAGAUUCCUUGAAAUAUAUCGACUUAAUUUCGGGACACCUGUGAACGAGGAGCUGAGAGACUUGUCAUUCGAGGUACAAAGUACUUUUUAGGGUUCCUCCGAGUCAAAUUUUGCUCAGAGGCAUAGGUUUAAAUUUUAGUGUUGAAAAUUUUAAGACCAGCUGUAUUUAUAUUGACUGCCAUGCAGUGGGUCUAGGGUGCUAUGAAUACCGAUGAUAAGAUCUGAGUUGAAAAAUUGUAUAAAUAAUAACAAGAAGAAAAAAUAAGAAAGAAUGAGUGAAAUAACUAUUGAACAUAAUGAGUAGGAAUUAACAAAUUUUUCAAUUUGUUAUGUAUUUGUAAUAGUUUUAUACUUUGUUUGAAAAAUAAAUCACAUUACGAAACA